AUGGCACAAGACCAUUUUGACCACACAUCCCAACUGGAUGGAGUCGCAAUCCAGGCUGGUGAUGGGCCCAGCGUAAAAUCAUUGAUUGGGGAGAUGAUAUCUUAUAGUGAUUCUCCUGGCAAUGAGCGUCACCGUCUCUCUUUGCUUCGAUUGGCUCGGGCUCUUGUGCAGGCCCUAGAGACCCCUCGAGAGACAGUUCUCAGACUGUGCUGGGCGGAGCCGACAUUGUACGGAGCGAUCAUCACCGCUAUCGAUUGUGGUAUCUUUUCGACGAUGGGAAAGAACCCCGAUAGCCCGAUCUCCGUCAUUCAACUCUCCGAAGCUACUCAGACCGAUCCAGCAUUACUUGGUCGAAUCAUGAAGCACUUAGCCGCCAUGGGCGUGGUCCAGGAGCGCGCAGUGGAUGUAUAUUUCCCCACCAGCUUGUCUUUGACGCUGGCUCUCCCCAAGUAUGCGGACGGCUUUACUUGCAUGGCGGAAGGAGCAAUGAGAGCAAUCUACAAGCUUCCCGCGUAUUUCCAGUCUGUCGGGUACCGCAACCCAGAUGACGCGACAGCAGGACCUUUCCAGUUUGCGUAUGGAACCUCCCAGCACUGGUUCUCAUGGGCGUCCGAUCAUCCGGCGGUAUGCCAGCAAUUCAACAACCAUAUGAGCGCGUACCAUCAGGGGCGCCCGAGCUGGAUGGACCUCGAUUUCUACCCGGUUGAAGAGGCACUCUUAACCGGAGCAAAGUCUGACUCGGAUGCGGUCCUGCUGGUGGACGUUGGUGGCGGCCUUGGUCACGAUCUUGCAGAGUUCCACCGCAAGCAUCCAUUUGCCCCGGGAAGAUUGAUCGUCCAAGACAAGGGCGACGUUAUCCAGCCAAUUUCUGGGAAUCUGGGAAAGGUAGAAGCGAUGGCUCAUGACUUCUUUACGGAACAACCCAUCAAAGGUUUGACACCAAUUCGAUCACUUCUACAGCUGCGGGAUCUAACUGUUCCAGGUGCCAGGGCAUACUACCUACAUUCCGUCCUACACGAUUGGCCCGACCACGAAUGCCAUUUGAUCCUGAAGCGGAUCGCAGCAGCCAUGACUCCUGGAUACAGCAAGUUGCUAAUUAACGAGAAUGUCGUCCCUGACCUCGGGGCCGACUGGCAGAUCACCGGUCUGGACCUUAUGCUCAUGACCCUGGUUUCCGCUCGCGAGCGGAGGGAGAAUGAAUGGCGCCAGCUACUGGAAAUGGCCGGGUUUCGGAUUGUUAACAUCUGGAGUCAUGUCAAUGGAGUAGAGAGUCUGAUCGAGUGUCAACUAGCUUGA